CCCAGGAAAACCAGCUGGUUGCUGUAAUACCGUGCAACGAUGUGAGGCUGAAACCCAGACGCACGAAGCUGUACGUGUUAAUCUCUAUGGCUGUGUGUAUCCUGAUCUGCUGCCUGGUCCUCUACUUCCUCUUCCCCCGGAGCGUCACCCUCACGCCCGUGUCCGUCCUCUCAGUCAUGGUUUAUUUCUACCCAGACGAAGUCAAACUGGAGGUCAACAAUCUCAUCAACAUCACCAACGAGAACUUUGUCCCAGUUCAGAUCUCUGACUUCACCAUGCAGGGGCUUAUUAUGAAAACGGUGGUGGGCAACACGAAGGUGACCAACAUGACCACCAUACGGUCCMGAGCCCAGCAGUCGUACACCGUUGAAAUCGACUUGGACAUCAAAGACACUGGCUUAAACACUUACUGCAAAUCAACCAGUGCCAAGAUUCACACGUUGUUUCUGCAGCUGCAGAUGACCAUGAAUAUUUCCUACCUUUCUCACACGGAGCAGAUCACGCGGGAAACCUUCGCGUACCUGGACUGCGGAAACAACUCGACCACUCCGCAUCCUUUGAACUGACGGUGGCAGAAAGACACCUGUUCUUUUACGACCUCUGACCUGCACCCAUCUUUCCUGUGUAAACAAAAAUCCUUCUGUUAUUACAUCUCGCCCAGUUCAGAACAAUUGGGUUGGAUAAAUCAAGUAGUUUAAUUUCACAUGAGAUAAAGUUCAGUCUGUUGAUAUUUGAUAAAUUUGAUCUGUUGCCCCUUUUUGGCAGUGUGCCCCAGGGCAGCUGUGGCUACAUUCCUCACCAUCAGUGUGUGAAUGGGUGAAUGAUUGUAAGUUAAAAGCACUUUGGGGUCCAUGUGGUCUUGAUAAAGGGCUAUAUAUAAGUUCAGUCCUUUUACCAUUUACUUUUAAAACAAUACCAGUACAAUGUGGCAUUAUGUACUGUUAAAAUAGUGUUAACAGGUUAAAUAAUUAUAAAUCACUACAUGGUUUAAAUUAAAACUAUGGUUGCUUUAAAUACAACUAUUAAUUAAAUAUAAAUAUUUGCUCACAUUUUUACAGUUAUGUGUAAAUAUAUUGUGGGUAAUGAGCUCUAAUAAAACUGUUUUAUAUCAGUUUUACUGUAUGUUUUGAAAGCUUCUAUUUUGUGUGAAAGAGUUGACCUCUGGUAAUCGUGUCUGCACUUUAUUAAACAGAUGUUUAAAACUUUG